AUUUGCUUUCUCCCAAUAUGUCCAGAACCUGUUUGAUAUCAUUACCCAAUGAGCCAAGUUAGCAGACCCCCUUGGAGGUCCGUUGUGAAAAGGGUCAUUCAAUUCACAUUCACCGUUGCAUGUGAAGAACCUAGAAGCUCAACUGCAUUUAGAAACUUGAAACAGACAACAAUUGUUUUGCCUCCUACUCCUAGGAACAUCUGGUCCUACUCCUUUAGACUUAUGUGACCAUUAAAUGUUUGUGUUUGUCCUUUGUUGCCUGUCUUGGAACUCUGCGUUUUCACUACAUGCCCACUGAAGGGGGGCCUCUGUAAAAGGUAACUCUGCUAAGCUUUUUCUCUCUUGACAUGAUGCCCCCUACAGGGCAUGGACAGCUUUAAUGGCACUGGUACGUUCUUCUACUAUUAUUUUUUGCUUUUGCGUUUUCAAUCAAUCGAUACAUUCUGUUAAUGAUUAUUUUCAAUUUGGACAUGUUUCCCUGCACACCAGUUUGAGGAUAUCUUAAUCUUACGUCCUUUUAAUUCAUCAAUUCUAAAAUUCCCUGGUUGCACUGGAAAAGUUGAAAGAUUUUCACAAAAGCAAAAUGAUUUUCACUUUCUUGGUGCACAUACAGUUUGAGAAUCAUAUCUGUAAUCAUUUGUCUACAUCCUUUCCAUUGAUACAUUUCCAUACACUAUUGACUAUUCUUUCUCCCCGAUUUGCUUGGCUGAUGUAUUCUUUUUCCUUAUAAAACUCAAAAAUCUAGUGAGAUUUUAGAGUAUAAAACUUUGGCCGGAUUGAUUAUAACUAAUACAGUUUCAGAAAUCAUUUGCUGUUCAAUUCAGUCCAGUGGAUGGUCUGCCAAGCAUUUUGCUUUGAUUAUACUGGCUAACAACUUUUUCAGAUUCCUUCUGGGAAUCUUUUGGGAUUUGGGAUUUGAUUCUUUGUGAAGUUGAUAUUUACAUAGCAUUUUUAGCCAUUUUAGUGAAAUCGAAAUGAAGGUAUCUGUCCACU